AUGUCGUUGCCCUAUGGCCCACCGUACCCAGUGUCGCCUUUAAUAAGAGGAAUGAGGUUUGCUUUACUUUUGGCCGGUAUCGCAUACGGUCGGAUAAAGCAAAGCAGAUAUGAAGAGCUCGAGGAAAUUUGGCUCGAAGAGGAAGAGAAGCGAAAGGUCCUCCGCGCCAAAGAACUGGCAAAGUUGAAAGCUAGAAUCGAGAAAGAGGAACGGGAGGUCAUAAAACAAAUCGAAACUGGGGAAUAUUUUAAAACCGAUGACGAUGAACCCAACAAGAUUCAAAAGGUGUGUGUUCCUAAA